AGCACCUUCCAGACAAGACACGCGCCAUUGACGACCCAUAAACGAAGCGUACACUCCACCGUGAACAUGGCACCAAAAUACAAAAUCCCCGACUCUGAUUCAGAGUCAGAGCCAGAGCUAGACACCGUUUCCGUUCCAUCAGAUCAAACAAUUGAAAAAGGAUUGCGCGAUGAAGUGGCGGGCAUAUUCAAGACGGGCAACAUGGAGGAAUUAACCGUGAAACGGGUCAGACUCGCGGCGGAGAAGAAGCUCGGUAUUACAGAGGGGUACUUCAAACAGACAGGAAAUUGGAAGGCAAGAAGCGAGGAAAUUAUCAAAAGUGAAGUGGAAUUACAAGAGAAUGCCGAGCAAAGCGAUGCUGCAUCAGCUGAAAAAUCACCAUCUCCUCCACCGCAACCGAAGAAAGCUGCUCCAGCCAAGCGACCCAAGGGAACCAGUGCACCCAAACCGAGAAAGCGCCAAAAGACACAAACCCCAGAGGAUGAGGAACCCGAAUUGGCUAGCGAUGCGAGUGAAGAGGUUACGCAGCCGAAGAAACGCGGAACAUCAUCCGCCAGUGACAAGCCAGAGAAUACUACAGAGGAGACGAUGGAAGACGCCGAAGCUCAAAACGGAGCUGAUCCAGCCGAACCAACGGAAACCACCAAAGAAGACUCAGAGAGCGAGAUGUCUGUAGUUCUGGAUGAAGAGCCCAAGCCCAAGGCUGUACGCAAGCGAAAAAGCACGGAGGCACCCAAAAAAGAGAAGAAGCAACCUGCAUCAAAACCCAAACCCAAAGAUCAGGAUCAAGAUCCUGACCAGGCAGAGAUCAAGCGAUUACAAGGAUGGCUGGUAAAAUGCGGUAUUCGGAAGAUGUGGUUUCGAGAGUUGGCACCGUACGAUACUGCCAGGGCAAAGAUCAAACAUCUGAAGGGGAUGUUGGAGGGCGCUGGUAUGACGGGCCGUUACUCGCAGGAGAAGGCCAAUAAGAUUCGCGAUGAGCGUGAGCUUAAGGCCGACUUGGAAAUGAUCCAGCAAGGCGCAAAAGAUUGGGGAACUGUGAGCGGAGAUGAGGGCGAAGGGCCACCUCCACGACGUGCUGCGCGAGGCCGACAGGCACUGGCAUUCCUAGACAGUGAUGGUGAAGAAACCGAUUGA